UGGUUUCUCUUUUCCUUGAUUGCUCUCCACUCUUUUCAUCAGUUCAAAGUCCCUUUUUGCAGACGAUAAAAAAUAGGAAAAAGAAGGAUUUUAAAACCCUUCACAAAGAGCUUUGUCUGCUCACAAACCAUGCCAUCCAUGGCCACUACUUAAAUCCCACUGAGGCCUAACCAAAUCUGAACACUGCAAAUGAAAGUUCAUGUAAUGUACUCAAAACCCCUUACAUUUCUCUAAAAAAAAUUUCCCAAGAAAUGAUUACUAUCCAAAUGGAGUUCGCGUUGGAUUCACGUUCUUGACAGAAUUUGAGUUUCCAACAUCUUGUGUAUCCACAUCAGAUUAUUCUCCUUCCUGUAAGCCUAGUUGAACUUGUGCAUCACUUUCACUCCUUUGCUUAAAAGCUGAUAUCAAACUGCUGAAUUAUAAUUGGAAGUGCCUUCCUCAUAUUUCAUACCUCAGAAAGUGCUGACUUCUAAGAAACAAUAAUGAAUGCAUUAGUGGCAACCAACAGAAACUUUAAACUGGCAGCCAGGCUUCUUGGUUUGGACUCUAAGCUUGAAAAGAGUUUGCUAAUCCCUUUCAGAGAAAUUAAGGUUGAAUGCACCAUACCCAAAGACGAUGGCACUUUGGCUUCCUUUGUUGGGUUCAGGGUUCAGCAUGACAAUGCAAGAGGGCCCAUGAAAGGAGGAAUCAGAUAUCACCCAGAGGUUGACCCUGAUGAAGUGAAUGCUUUAGCACAACUAAUGACAUGGAAGACUGCAGUUGCCAAUAUCCCAUACGGUGGGGCUAAAGGUGGGAUAGGAUGUAAUCCAGGAGAGUUAAGCAUAUCUGAACUGGAACGGCUUACUCGAGUUUUCACCCAGAAGAUACAUGACCUGAUUGGAGUUCACACAGAUGUUCCAGCACCUGAUAUGGGUACAGGUCCACAGACAAUGGCAUGGAUUCUAGAUGAGUACUCCAAAUUCCAUGGCUAUUCACCUGCUGUAGUAACUGGAAAACCAACAGAUCUUGGAGGAUCACUUGGCAGAGAUGCAGCUACUGGCAGAGGAGUGCUCUUUGCCACAGAAGCCCUACUUAGUGAGCAUGGAAAGACCAUCUCUGGACAAAAAUUUGUAAUACAGGGCUUUGGAAAUGUUGGAUCCUGGGCUGCCCAGCUCAUCCAUGAAAAGGGUGGGAAGGUUGUUGCUGUGAGUGAUAUCACUGGAGCCAUAAAGAACAGCAAAGGAAUUGAUAUUCCAAGCCUACUCAAGCAUGUCAGGGAAAGCAAGGGUGUCAAAGGAUUCCAUGGUGGGGAUUCUAUAGAUCCCAAUUCAAUUCUGGUCGAAGACUGUGACAUACUCAUCCCAGCAGCACUUGGUGGUGUCAUCAACAGGGAAAAUGCAAAUGAUAUUAAAGCCAAGUUCAUAAUUGAAGCUGCUAACCAUCCAACUGAUCCAGAGGCUGAUGAGAUCUUAUCAAAGAAAGGUGUGGUUAUCCUUCCAGAUAUAUAUGCAAACUCAGGAGGAGUAACUGUUAGUUACUUCGAGUGGGUGCAGAACAUUCAAGGCUUCAUGUGGGAUGAGGAGAAGGUGAACAAUGAGCUAAAGACAUACAUGACCAAAGGAUUCAAAGAUGUGAAGGAGAUGUGCAAAACCCACAAUUGCGACCUUCGUAUGGGAGCCUUUACCCUUGGAGUUAACCGUGUUGCUCGGGCUACUCUUCUGAGAGGCUGGGAAGCAUAAGAGUGCUUUGCUGGUUUAAAUAAAGAUGGAGGCUACUAUGAAGCCUCUGAUUCUUGUCCACCUGUUGUUCUAAACCCUCAUUCAAUUGAAGUUCUGCCAUUUUUAUUUGUUGCCUUAAUGUACCUGUUUGGUUCCCAAAAAGAGUGUUAUAUCUGAGCAUAUAAUUGAUUA